GGGGGGCCGCCGCCCGCGCUCCCGGCGCCCGCCGGCGCGGGCGGCGGGCGGUGGGAGGGCGAGGUGCACGAGGCGCCCUUCGCGGCCGCGGCUCGCCAGCUCGCCCAGCUUCGGACUGCGGCCUCGGCAGGCCUCCUCGGCGGCGCCAGCUCGGCCCUGCCCUCGGGCUCCCUCGAGCAGAACGGCGCCGCUGCGUGGCCUCAGUUCGUCUUUGACCGGAUAGAGCGCAACCUUGACGGAGUCAUCGGUGGGCAGGAGCUGGCCAAGCAGCGCUGGGCGCCGCUGCCCCACCUCCCCGAGCCCGCCGCGGGGCUCCUGCGCCCCCCGCGCGGCGCCCCCGCCUGAAGCCCGGGGCUCGGUCUGACCGUGGGCUGCGUGCUGGCGGCCUCGCGGACCGUCGUCCUCGUGUUUUGGCGUCGUGCCGCG